UGAUCCCUGAACAGUGCAUGAGUCAUUUUUGACGCUGUUCUCAGCACUGAAGCCAUGGACUCGCCACCCAAUUCAGCUAGAGGUGGAGAUGAGCAGAAGCGUCACUUGAUGGGAAUGCGGGCCAUGUCGAAGGCUGAAGUCCAGGACUCGGACGCCAGCGCCAGGUGUUGUCAGACUUUCGCAACAGUGGUGGUCCUGCUAGCCUUGGCAUAUUUGCUGCUGAAAGGAUGCAAUUCCCUCGUGAAUAACUUCGAGCCGAAGGCUGGAGUUUCACAUCCCAGUACUUUUUUGCCACCGCCACCCGUUGAGAGGCCUGAGCAACAUGGAUGGGUGCAGGUGGUGGAUGAUGACGAUGUAGGAGCCGAAGCUGAGAAUCAUGGCUAUACCUGGAACUGGGAAGGGAGCAAGAGAUACGCUUUUCCGGAAGGAGAGCAACCACCGUGCUAUUAUGAGUAUGAAGGAAAGCCUAAUGCUGAUUGCUUUUGCCAAUUAGCUGGCAACAAGGCAUGCCAAAAGAUGCCCAAAUGUCACUGUUCCCAAGGUUGCACUUCUGAUCUUACCUGGAGGCACAAGCACACGACCACCUUCAAGAACUUCAAGUAUGCAACAGGAUGCCAAAGUCAAAGCUCUGUUGCCUUGCUGACCGUUCCGGAGUCUCACUUUCAAGACAUUCGAUAUUUGAAAACCUGGUGCCCCAAAGGGGCGCAAGUGUUGCUCGCAGAAAUGCUCAAAAAGAGCUUCGAAACUUAUCGUGAAGUCGUCGAUCCAGGCCCUGUGCGCCAGUGCCUGCACGCAGCCCAACUAGUUAGUGUUCCCUGGCUCCACCUUCACACAGUUUGUUCUGGUGGCAAGAUCGAUGGGCUCCCAGGAUCACCACAGGUGGGAUGGUGCAGCGAGAUGCACUCUAGCCUCGAUGCAGAGCCACUGGCUGCCUCGGUGAUGCUUUGGGCGGAACGUUUGUAUGGCGUCCGCACAAAUGACAACCUGCCAUCCACGUGCAGCGACAUGGGCUGUGGCAUUCGAGGCGUGAAUGGCAGGUGCUCUUGUCACCGCGACUGUCGCGGGAACUAUUCCAAUUGCUGCGGCGAUUUUAGUCAAAUUUGUCACAAAUAAUGGAUCGAA